CAGACGCCGCCUGGGGUCGCCUGGCAACGGGCCGGCACUACACCAAGGCACCGAGCAGAGCAGAGCACCGAGGCAGGUGAGGCAGUCAGUGGUUUCCGCAGAGCUUCAUUUCGAAAGCCACGGGGUCACCCGCACAGGCGUGGGAAGAUGGCGGACGCCCGGAUCUCCAUGUACCUGCCCCCCGACAUCAACCCCACCCAGGCUGCCAUUGCCUAUGGCUGCCGGGCGCUGCCCAAGCUGAACGAGGAGCUGCAGUCAGAGGACCUGGUGACAAGGCAGAAAGCUCUCAUGGCUUUGUGUGACCUCAUGCAUGACCCCGAGCAUGUCUACAUGGCCAUCCACAUAGGCUGCCUGGAGAACCUGAAAGCUUUGCUGAAGGAUACCAAUGACAUGGUGCGGAUCAAGACUACUGAGGUGCUCUACAUCAUGGCCACCCACAACGUGGGCAGAGUUGGCUUUCUAGAGCACGACGUCAUCCGUGCCCUUUCCUUCCUGCUGAACGACUCCCAGUCGCUCUGCCGAGAGAACCUGCACCUGGCAUUCAAGCACCUGGCCCAGCUGCCCACAGGGGCCCAGGGCAUUGUCAGCAGCGGCCUGAUCCCCUCACUAGUGUGGAAGCUGCAGCGGGAAGAGGAAGGGGUGCAGGAGCUCCUUCUGGACACACUGGCUGCCUGCCUGAUGGAGGAUGCCACUGAGGCGCUGGCCAGCCGCGCAGUGCCCUUCCUGAAGGAGAAACUCCUGAGCGCCAACAGCAACAUCCGCAGCAAGGCCGCCGGCACGCUCAUCGCCAUCAGCAUCCCUCUGGAAGGCAAGAACCAGGUGUGGAAGCAUGACGUCAUCCCCAUCCUGGUGCACCUGCUGAGAGACAAGGUGGCGGAGGUGCAGGCCAACGCGGCGGGGGCCCUCAUGUAUGCCACAGUGACUACAGAGGGGAAGUAUGCAGCCCUCAAUGCAGAAGCCAUUCAUCCACUGCUGCAGCUGCUGUGCUCGUCCUUGAGCAAGGCGCGCCUGAAUGCCAUCAAGGCCCUGACCAUGCUGGCCGAGGCCCCUGAGGGCCGCAAGCUCCUGCAGGCCCACGUGCCCACCUUCCGGGCCCUUGAGAAGGAUACCAGUGCAGCCGUGAAGCAGGCAGCCCAGAUUGCCAUCAAAGUCAUUGAGUGGAAACCCUGAGCCUCUUCUCUGGCCAACCUGCUGACCCCACACCUGAAUAAAUGCAGUGAAUCUCUUUA